CUGCAGCUUCAUCCGUUCGCCGGAAAACUCCUCUCCGACCUCUGCCAUGGAAGAUAAAUCGUCGGCGGCAACCGGAGUUCGGUCAAUUCGGUGUAGAGCCGCUGUGUGCCGGAAGGCCGGCGAGCCACUGGUGAUGGAGGAGAUAAUGGUGGCGCCGCCGAUGGAUCGUGAGGUGAGAAUUCGGAUAAUUUGCACCUCCUUGUGUCACAGCGAUAUUACCUUUUGGAGAAUGAAGGAUCCUCCGGGGAUUUUUCCGAGAAUUUUUGGCCACGAAGCUAUCGGAGUGGUUGAGAGUGUAGGAAAGGAUGUAAAUGAAGUUAAAGAAGGAGACACUGUGAUCCCAACAUUCAUGGCAGACUGUGGGGAGUGUAGAGAUUGCUUAUCAGAUAAGAGCAAUCUUUGUUCCAAAUUCCCUUUCCAGGUUUCUCCAGGAAUGCCUCGCUGUGGAACAACCAGAUUCACAGAUCUAAAUGGACACCCUCUUUAUCAUUUUAUGUUUGUCUCAAGUUUCAGUGAGUAUACAGUCGUCGAUAUCGUCAAUGUCAUCAAAAUAGAUCCUUCGAUCCCUCCAAAUAUGGCGUGCCUCCUAAGUUGUGGUGUCUCAACAGGGGUUGGUGCAGCAUGGAGAACAGCAAAUGUGGAGAAGGGAUCCACUGUUGCCAUAUUUGGGAUGGGGGCCAUAGGUUUAGCUGUUGCUGAAGGAGCAAGAAUAUGUGGAGCAGCCAAGAUCAUUGGGGUAGAUGUCAACCCAGAUAAAUUUGAAACCGCGAACAAAUUUGGAGUCACCGACUUUGUUCAUGCUGGAAACCUUGGCAACAAAUCUUCGAGUCAGGUGAUUAUUGAAAUGACGGAUGGAGGUGCAGACUAUUGCUUUGAAUGUGUUGGAAUGCCUUCUUUAGUUCACGAAGCAUAUGCAGCCUGCAGACAGGGUUGGGGAAAAACAAUUGUGUUAGGUGUAGCGAAACCAGGGUCACUAUUGAGUUUUAGCUUUUUGGAUGUGAUUCAUUUUGGGAAGAUUCUUGUGGGAUCACUUUUUGGUGGACUAAAGCCAAAAUCAGACAUUCCCACUCUCGUUCAAUUGUACAAAGAUGAGAAACUUGAGCUGGAUAAGUUUGUGACGCAAGAAAUAGGGUUCAAAGACAUCAAUGAAGCUUUUAAUUUGCUAAUUGAAGGGAAGAGCUUGAGAUGUGUGAUAUGGAUGAACAAAUGAGCAAGGGCUUCACCACAUCUCUUGUAAUUGCUUGCCUUCCUUGUCUAUCAACAGUAGUUAUAUGUACUUGUUUUCAUAAAAACUUCACUACUAUAUAGGGAGUUUAUAUAGCUUGUAUUUUUAAAUUUUUGAUGCUGAAUAAUAAUCAUUAGACAUUUUUGCCUACUUCAAUAUUGUUCCUUUA